GAGUGAAGCGAGGCCCGUGGCGGCCCCUCAGGAGUCGGGGGGGAAAUGGCCGAGAAACGGAGCUGGGGGCUGGGAGCUGCCUCCGAACCCCGCCCGGUGCCCAGCGGCUCCGGGGAAACGACGCUGUCAGCCCGCGGGGGCGGGAGGAGGGCGGAGGCAGCGCUGACAGGCGGGGCGAUGAGUCGCCCCCCGCCGGGACGGACGGCGCCUGCAGGCCGGGAGGAGCUGCUUAAAAACAGAUUUCCACUUCAUGUUAAAGAGAGACUUGAGAAAUGAUUGCAAAAUAUGAAACGAGAUGCAUGGACUCCAAGUAAGCACUAGCUUCUCUGCAGUGAUCAUUUCACCCCUGGUUCCCUGGAUGUGCGAUGGGGUAUACGAUACUUGAAACAUACAGCUGUACCAACCAUUUUUUCGUCCCCAGAUGAUGAGGAAAAAGACACUUCUCAGAACACCCCUCAAGAGGUAAAGAGAAAAGACCUGGAAGAAAUGGAUACAAAUAUUGAGUCAGAGAGGGCAUCUUUAUUGCAUGAACUUUGUACACCAAAGAAAAAUCCUGUAAUUGCAGAAAAUGUAGAUGAAAAAGCAGAAGUAGUUUGCUCAGCUGCAUUGAGUAAACCUUCACAAAUUCAAAAACUACAACUUCAAAACAGAGAGCAGUUUCAGGCAGACAAUAUCAUUCUUGAUAAUUCAUUUACGCAUCAUAUACUUCAGCCUAACCCUGUUUUAAUGGCAGCAGCAGUGCAGAGCAUAGAAGCUACCCGUGUUCAUGCUUCUGUAGAAGAUCCAGCAGGUUGUACAGUCUUGCAGUUUACAGAUGCUAACUACUCGAAUUCAUCUCUGAAGCUGAACAAUGCUUUAGGUUCAAUUACUGACUGUGCAGCUGAAAAUCCUAACUCCCAUGUUUUAGGCUAUUCUGUUGAAGUACAGCCAACAAGUGAAAAUACAGUUCUACUGAGUACAGUCACAGAAGAUGAACAGUUCAGUGGAAGUGAGGAAUCCAUCAUUGCUAUCAUUGUGCCAUCUGAGGGUCUAGAAGAGCCUGAAAUAGUUAACAGUUCUUUCUUGCCUGUUCAACAAGAGUUUCUUGACACAGAGGUGACAGAAACAGAUACAUCUGUUAAUAUGAACACGUAUGGUGGAGGCAAAAUUUUACAAACUGAGCACUCAUACUGCAAACAAGACAUAGACAGAGAUCACCUUUGGCAAAACAUUUCAAAGCUCCACUCUAAGAUCACUCUACUUGAAAUGCAGGAGAUAAAAACUUUGGGGAGACUCAGAUCUUUAGAAGCUCUUAUUGGGCAAAUGAAGCAAGAAAACCUGCUUUCUGAAGAAGAGCUAAAGAUUGUAGAAAACUGCUUUACAACACUUGAAGUGAUUAUGAUACAGUAAAAGUUUUCAGUGAUUGCUCUAAAAUAUCUUUAUAGCCUCUUUGACUGUCCAUUUUUACAAAUUACCAUUUGUUUCAGUCAUGAUAUUUUAAAAAUCUAAUGCAAACUGUGUGAAUAGCAAAUAUUCUUUAAAAUGUUACAUCAGCCACUACCAAAGCUAAGUUGUAGAAUAUUGCCUAUAAAAUAUUACUUGCAAGUAAGCUUUAAAAGAAAAUAAAGCCUGUUACAGUUUUGUUAAAAAGUUUAUUAAUUGAAUCAAUAAAGUUAAGUUAAACCUUUCUAGCUGCAGGCUCCUCUCAAACAUGCAACUCCUGCAUUUGGGGCAGCAGUAAAGGGAAAGAAUAAGCCUGUAAGGUGAACAGUUAUAAGACUGUUGCUUAAAGAAAACCAAAAGUGUCCCAAUACUCUUUCAGAUGAGCAACAUGGUAUGUAAUAUGCAUUGUCUAGUGAGACCACAAUUACUCUGUUCUUCUGUUCAUCUAACAUUUGUUCUGAUAGGGGGGUUUUGUACACUUUCACCUUAAUAAAAUCGUUUUUGCAAUAAA